GCGCUCCCGCCAUGCCUUUCGUCGCCGUCCUGUGGCGGGAACCGCGGCACCGGGAACGGCGACGGCUGAGAAGAAACCAUGCAGGCAUUUCUGAAAGGCACAUCUGUCAGUAAUACAAAACCACAAUUGACCAAGGAUCGGGGGACACCUGCCACUGCAGGAAGCAGUGGAGAAACCAAGAAAGUCAAACCAGUUCCUUGGGUGGAAAAAUACCGUCCGAAGUGUGUGGAUGAAGUUGCUUUCCAGGAAGAGGUGGUUGCAGUGCUGAAAAAGUCUCUAGAAGGAGCUGAUCUUCCUAAUCUCUUAUUCUAUGGGCCACCUGGAACUGGCAAAACAUCCACCAUCUUGGCAGCAGCUAGAGAGCUCUUUGGGCCAGAACUCUUUCGAUUAAGAGUCCUUGAGUUAAAUGCAUCUGAUGAACGCGGAAUACAAGUAGUCCGAGAGAAAGUGAAAAAUUUUGCUCAGUUAACUGUGUCAGGAAGUCGUUCAGAUGGAAAGCCAUGUCCUCCCUUUAAGAUUGUAAUUCUGGAUGAAGCAGAUUCUAUGACUUCAGCUGCUCAGGCUGCUUUAAGGCGUACCAUGGAAAAAGAGUCUAAGACAACCAGAUUCUGCCUCAUCUGUAACUAUGUCAGUCGAAUAAUUGAACCCCUCACUUCUAGAUGUUCAAAAUUCCGCUUCAAGCCUCUGUCAGAUAAAAUUCAACAGAAGCGAUUACUGGAUAUUGCUGAGAAAGAAAAUGUCAAAAUUGGCAAUGAGGAAAUAGCAUAUCUUGUUAAAGUAUCAGAAGGAGAUUUACGGAAAGCCAUUACAUUUCUUCAAAGUGCCACUCGACUAACAGGUGGAAAGGAAGUUUCUGAAGAUGUGAUCACAGACAUUGCUGGGGUAAUACCAGCUGCAACCAUUGAUGGAAUAUUCACUGCAUGUCACAGUGGCUCUUUUGACAAACUAGAAGCUGUGGUAAAGAACCUAAUAGAUGAAGGACAUGCAGCUACCCAGCUUGUCAAUCAACUUCAUGAUAUAAUUAUAGAAAAUGAAAACCUAUCUGAUAAACAGAAGUCCAUUAUUACAGAAAAACUUGCUGAAGUGGAUAAAUGUUUAGCAGAUGGUGCAGAUGAGCACCUGCAGUUGAUGAGCCUCUGUGCAACUGUGAUGCAGCAACUAACUCAGAAUUGUUAAAGAUGCUGAUCAUUAAUUCUUUUGUAUGACACCAGAUCUUACAAAUAAAAAUGACCAAACCACCUAAA